AUGUCGAAUGCCUUCGAAGUCAGGAUCCGCGCCACGGGAGAGAUGGCGACGGUUCUUCGAUACGAGGGAGGCUCAUCUCCGGAUGAAAUGGCGGUCCGAGUCCGCCACGCCGAUGGCCGUCGGCAGUGGUAUAAGCCCGUCGACGUGGACAUGUUCGAGCCGGUCCCUCCCGGGUAUGUUCACGGUGAUGAGGCUCAGGAAGCACCAGCCCCAGCAGAGCUUCAAGAGCCUUUGCUGUCCGAGAGGCGCCGUCAGCAAACUGGGUGGCUCUAUUACCUACAAGUCGCAAUCAGCGUGGUCUUGACACUGGCAGUGGUGCUUCUGGCAUUGGACCGAAAUUCGAAGUGCGACCCGGAAGACCUGCGAAAUGUGGAUCCACCUUAUGAUGGCAAUCUCCUGCCUUUUCGCUUCAUCCUCGCAGAACGGAAGCAGUAUAUCAAGCUCUCCAAGUUGAUCGAUGUCUAUGACGAGAACUGGGUAAAGGUUGGCUACUUUUACGAUCUCAACCUGUUCUUCUUCAUGCGGUUUGGAUACUCGGAUGCCUCUGGUCGCAUCUGGUUUGAAGCACGUCGCCCCAAUCUGUUUUCCCGCAUCUUCCAACUGGGAAAGCAGUACUACCUUCAGCGGUGUGACGUUGGUGCCAACGGACGCCAUGGUGGGAUCUUUGACCUGAGAGAGGAUUCUUGGAAAGAGAACUGGUUUUGCUCUCUCCACUGUGUCGGUCUCUUCAACAUCACACGCCGGCCGGUGAAUGAACAGAGCACUGGUGAUUUGCCGGUUGCCAACGCCGUGUUCAACUCAACCCUUGAGUGGUAUCACAAGAACAUGGUGCUACCGUAUUCGCGACAUCGAUGGUACAUGAACCUGACCGAUCCCGUGGACGGCUCCCAAGUUGCUCAUGCAGAGCAGCAUUUCCGAUCCUGGCUUCCCGGGUACCUGUUGUCAAACUGGACGGUGCGUAUCUCGGAGGAUUUGCCACUUCUUCCGAACUGGGUUGUUGGCUUCAUGGCGGUUUUGGAUGAUGUGGAUCGGAGCUACCCCAACCAUGGCGCCUGGUUUGCGCCGCCCCGCCGGGCGCCCGGACGCGAGCUUCGGCACAGCGCGCGCCAGGGGAUGUCCGGGUUCUCCUUCGUGAAGUUUGCGAUUGUCGGUGGCGUGGCCCACUGGCUGGCCAACUUCUUCAACUGGACCAGGCGGCCGAAAAGUGCGCCAGGACCUACCCAGGCUCUUCUCAGACGACAAAAGCGCGCCGAGUCAGAGGCUGCGGAGGCGAGGAAGAUGUUCAAACGAGCAUCGCAGUUCUUCGUCAACACGAGAGAAUCUACUGGCGUCGUCCUCAACCGCUCGGCGCCAGAGAUCGUCUCCUGCGCCCGCAGACGGCUCGAGGGAGCAGUCAAUGCACUGCGAAAUGCCAACAAGGAGCUGCGGGAUGCUCAGGCAGAUCUUCUCGCCUACCCCGUUCCAGAGUAUCUUGCACCGGCGCAAGAGCAGGGUGCAAUUAUGAUUGGUGUCACCGGCUAUCCAGGUGUGGGCAAGUCCUCGUGGGUCAAUGCCGUGAGACGUGUCUCGUCUCCGAACGACCCAGAUUACGCAGAGAUCUGCGUGGAUGGUCCUACCAUGGAGCCCAUGAUGUACAAGUUUCCUGUGCAGACGCAGAAGCCGUGUGUGAUCUGGGACCUGCCAGGCGUAGGGACUGCCGGAUAUCCACCAGAGAAGUACCUGCAAAAGCUGGGAAUCCGCCACUUCGAUGUCGUAGUUCUCAUCACCGACCAGAGAUUUACAGAGGCCGAGCUCCUCCUGUUGGACGACCUCCGCCACUGGAACGUGCCGUUUUUCAUGGUGCGGAAUAAAAUUGAUCUGGAUGUUGAGAGAGAACUGGAUGCCGAGCAGGACGUCUUGGACAACCGAGGCUUUGGAGACCAGAUAGAGGAUGACGAACGAAGGGAGAUUGUUCGCGACACCCUCAUAAACGUGAAGGAGGACUUGUCAAUCCUGCACCAUGUGGACAGUGUGUACUGCAUAUCCUCCAUCAAGCAAUUCUGGCAUUCGUUCGACUUCCCUCGGCUCGAGCAGGACCUCACAGUUACGCUGCGCCGUCAGCGCGCGUCUGAGGACUCCUCGAUCGAACUUGUCGAAGGCUGA